AGUCCGGUCAAAAGAUCGUUUGUUUUGUGCCACUGAAGUAACCGCGAAAAAAAGGAUCAGAACCAGGUGAAAUUGUCCACUUUCGGUAUGCAGAUACUUUCAACCAUACGGGGUUGAACGCGAUUGAAAUAAGGCUUGAGUUCGUCCGGGAAAACCAUCUUUAAAGUGAAAGUCCUAUCUGUUUGGUGGCGUCCAAAAAUGUGAUCUCGGUGAUAGAAAGUGCGAGUAUGUACGCGCAGUGAAGAUACUCAGAAGCGGUACGUGACAUUCGUAAAUUAAGCCAGCGUUUAGAUAAUGCCAUGAAAUUCAUCUGGAGUCGUUUUUGGAGUGGGAAAGUUUUGAUUUUGCUAUUCAGUAACGUCAGAGAUUUCGAGUGCGCGACUCUACAACGCUAAUGACUGGAGUGGAGAGUUUUAAUUCGUUAGUGACACCUUUGAAUUCUCAAAAAACCAUCGACGGUUUGAACGAAACUAGAGUGAAAAAGAAGUUGAAGGGUGGAAUAAGUGUGACGAUUCUCAUGAAAGUGUAGAGUAUUGAAAAAGUGCUUAAAUAGUCCCUAAAAAGUGGAUAGUGUGGAAUAUUACAUGCUCGCUCGUACUAGUCAACGGUGGUGAUACCAAAUCUAUGGUUCCAGUAGAUACACGUAGAGAUAUAUCGUAGAAGUAAUUAAAGUUCUAAGACUUAAAUUUAUACGUAAGUAAUCAACAAACAAAAUGGCACAAUUAUCAUAUUGGAAAGUAUUAACCCGACGGAAAGCCAUUGAAGCCGGGUCCGAAACAGAUAGUAAACUCCAUCGUGUGAUGGGAACGUUUGAUUUGACUGCCCUCGGGGUUGGAGCCACUCUAGGAGUUGGUGUGUACGUUUUGGCCGGACAUGUUGCCAAAGAUCAAGCUGGACCUUCGGUUGUUCUAUCGUUCGCAAUAGCAGCCAUUGCAUCGUUGUUUGCAGGACUGUGCUAUGCCGAAUUCGGGGCAAGAGUCCCGCGAGCCGGGUCCGCUUACAUUUAUAGCUACGUGUGUAUCGGCGAGUUUGCGGCAUUCGUUAUCGGUUGGAAUCUCAUUCUCGAGUAUAUUAUAGGAUCAGCGAGUGUUGCACGGGGCUUAAGCCUGUAUCUGGAUUCGCUGCUAAACAACACUAUGCAAACCGCAUUCCGAGAUGUUGCACCAAUCGAUUGGGGCUUUCUUGGGACAUAUUUCGAUUUUUUCGCAUUUGGAUCGGCUUUUUUGCUUGGUGUUGCUCUAGCGUUCGGCUUAAAACAGUCAACUCUUCUGAAUAACUGCUUCACCGUACUAAAUGUCGCAAUAGUGCUGAUAGUCAUAGUAGCUGGAUCAAUAAAAUCUAACAUCAAAAACUGGGAGAUACCUGCCUCAGACCUUCCACAAAACAGCACAGCAGGUGCAGGUGGUUUCUUCCCUUAUGGUUUCGAAGGAACAAUCCGAGGAGCGGCCACCUGCUUCUUCGGAUUUGUAGGAUUCGAUUGCAUUGCCACAACCGGUGAAGAAGUGAAAAAUCCUCGCAAAGCUAUACCACGGGCUAUCAUGUUCUCCCUGCUUAUCAUAUUCCUUGCAUAUUUCGGAGUAUCUACAGUUCUCACCCUUAUGUGGCCGUACUAUCUGCAGAAUGUCAACGCCCCUCUGCCGUAUGUUUUCGAACAAAUCGGUUGGCCUGUGGUCCAAUGGAUUGUGACAAUUGGUGGGAUGAUUGGCUUGGUAGCAAGCAUGUUUGGAGCCAUGUUUCCACUUCCUAGGAUCAUGUAUGCAAUGUCGCAGGAUGGACUGAUUUUUCACUUUUUUGGAGAGAUUAGUCCAAGGUUUAAGACCCCAAUUGCAGGAACUAUUUGUGCAGCUCUUUUGACCGGACUAAUGGCUGCUAUUUUUGACCUCAGGCAACUAGUGAACAUGCUCUCAAUUGGAACUUUAAUGGCUUAUACAGUUGUUGCAAUUUCAAUAACUAUAUUAAGGCAUAUGAACGACGAUAGCAAACAGGGUAUCACUUCGGAAAUGACUGAAGGCACUAACCUUGUAAACCAUCAAAACGAAAGAAUCAACACCUCUUCCUUGUUGAUUCAGAUCUUCAACUGCCGAAGAGUUCAGAUACCAAGUGUUCUCUCGUCAAGGGUAGUGGGAACUUUGUUGCUUUUCUACUGUGCCUUUUGUUUUGGUUUCAGCUUCACAUUUCUUUAUGCAACUCAGGAGAUUCGGGAGCUGAAACCGUGGCCUAUCGCGAUAGGUUGUCUGUUUCUCGUUUUGAUCCUGAUUUUGUUACUGGCAAUAUCAGUUCAACCCCGUGAAAAUGCAAAUUCAACGUUUACCGUCCCACUUGUGCCUUUAAUUCCAGGGAUCAGUAUUUUUAUAAAUGUAUAUUUAAUGUUACAGUUAGAUAUUUAUACGUGGAUACGUUUUGGAGUUUGGAUGGUCAUAGGUUUGCCCAUUUACCUCAUUUGCAUCUGCCUCUACAAUCGCACGAAAGAAAAAACCAACCGAGCUUCAUCGAUCACAUAUCGAGGAACAUCCUUUGAUGACUUCGUCCCGCCUCAAGUUGACGUUGAGAAAUCCAUCCCCAACGGAACUAUUCAUUCAAACGCUGAAACACUGUCAAUAAAAACUAUUGAAGAAACGAACGGAAUAAUACCAAUGAAUGGCAAGAUAACUGAGGAAACCCAAAGAGUAAGACCUCCAUCACCUAAAGGAUCAUUGGAUGAGAUCAUUCCUGCUUCAGAGCUAUCUGGAACUGUCCGUGAAAUUAGAACGCCCAAUGGUAAUACACUCUUCAUUGAAGACAUCAAUCCGACUAGCCCAAGUAUAGCAGAUGAGGAUGCUAAGUCGGUUCUAGCUAUCUUGGAUGAUGUCUUGAAAGUUGAGGAUUCAUCGAAUCGGGAUUUAUACAGAAGUACCUCGACGGUAUCGGAACAAUUACCAUCUUCAAUUGAAACUGCUGCAAUUAUUCAUAACUCCUUUGAAGAUUUGCCGGAGGAAGAAGUAGACGUGAACCAUAAUACGAAACAGACACCCUCUGAUGAGGUAGAAGAAGAUAAAACCGCUCCCGAUGAAAAACUACCAGUGCUUAUUGCUGCUACUCCCCUAAAAGUUGAUGAUAAACAAGAGGAAGGAGAGGAUGUUUGCCCACCUGAACCUAAACCCGAUUAUCCUGGAGCUCCGGAUUUCGAUGACACCUUUGACGAAACCAUUGACGCUAAGCACAGUAGUGACGACGAAACACCACCCCCAGUUCCUCCAAGAGAUGAUAUUUCCCCUUUAUACGCUACAGCUAUAAAUUUUGUCAGCGAUACACCAGCAGACCAAGCAAUUUCAGAAGCAGCUAGAAGAGUUUCGGCAACCAAAACUCCUUCAUCAUCUAUAAAAUCAUCUCGCCGAUCAUCAGGAUCUUCUGAAGAUAUUCUUGUCACUCCAUCGCGUUCCUCCCAGAAGUUCCGUGACCGACUGAGCAAGAUGAUCAUAAACCCUCCCACAUUUGUUCGAAUCAAACGAGCUGAGGAAACAUUGAAUGAAACCACUAACGACAAUGGUGAAAUUACCCCACCAUUAACCUCUUACCCUAUGAAGCAAUCAAAGAGUGAGAGUGAUUUAGUGCAUAUGAAAAGCGCAGAUGACGAAGCCACUCCAGGAGUUCAAAAUGGAGACAAAGAGAAUGAGGACAAUGAAAAUAAUAUUCCAAAAGCUCCCAAAUUCGAUCCUGUUUUGUACAAAACUAUUGCCAGUCGCUACAAAAAUCAACGCCCAAAACUAGAUCUAACGGUCUCAGACGACCCCGAUCAACCCGUAAUUCGCCCAAAAACCGCACCAAUAAUUGUCACACAACCCAGCGAAGAUGAAGAUGAACCUAACUUAGAAGUGCUUCCAUUCAGAGAAAAGCUAGCCGCACUCCUCAAGCGAGGUCCAUCGCAUCGAACAAAAAUUAGGCCGGACAGUUACCCCAAACUCAACCCACAUUCACGAGCGGUUACACCAGAACCAUCUGAAACGAAUUCCAUCUCAGAUCCUAAUCUUAACUCUGAACGACGAUCUCGAUCGCCGUCUCCCCUAUCGAAUCCUGAGGCGAACACAGAUGAUCACAAACAAAAGUUUACGCAGGUAUUACAAUCAAUAACUGGCGAACGUGGUCCUCCCAAGAAAAAAGCAGAAAAGCAAGAGUCAAUUCAGGAGCAACCUUCAGAACGACCAGCUACUAUUGAGGAAGCAUUAAAGCGACUAAGACAUGUCCGACAACCAGUCGAACUCGAUUAAAUUAAUUAGAUUUUUACGUAAUUCAGGAAUUUUAUCAUAAUUUUUGGAAAUACUCUACACAAUAAAUACUAACUGCAUGAUUUUAGCAUUUUCUGGAACCACAUUGAAUGCAUGCUUGUACAGGGAGGCGUGGAUUGACACAAUAAGGAUUCACCCUUUAUCUGUGUUAUGGUCUACAAAAUAGCUACAGAGAUAUGCGUCAAUCAUUAAAUGGUUGGCAAAAAUUAAAAUACAGCGAGUAUUUUUGAAAAAUGCAUCUUGUUUUUAUAUUAAAAAGUAUAAAAAAAAAAUGAAAAAGAUACAUGCAAGAUAAAACAAGAAAGAAAUUUCAGAAGAAAGGCGGAUUUGCCACUUUCUCUUAUUUUGCGGUUGUUUUAUUUAUACAGUUGUUCUCUAGAAAUUAUAUUAAUAUAAAUAAAUGAUAUUUUGAAAUGGG